UGGCUCAUGUAGCUCUGGUGAUACCCGCCGUAUCUCUUCCCAUAGCCCCAACUGUCGUCCUCCCAUCCCCUCCCUUUCCCCGCAACUACAGAGGCCCUGCAAACACCGGUGAGCUUCAUCUCAACCCCAACCCAAUCUCCAAAAUAAUCUGCCUUCAGUCUCCAACAGCACCGAUUCCAUCAGCAUCAAUAACACCAGCCCAGCAUCAAUAACACUAGCCCAGCAUCAAUAACACUAGCUCAGCAUCAGGACCAUUCCACGUGUAGAUUCUUGAUCACCUUUACAGCAUUCGCCAUGCGUAAUCUGAAAUUGCUGCAAAGCUUGCACUGCAACCGAUGGCAGGGCCUGGGAACACCUCAGUGUUUGACAGUUCGUACAGAUACAGGCACAGUGUUGGUGGGUUCGGACUUGGGAAUCACAGAACUUGAUCCACGUACAGAACAGGUGGUCAAAAAGGUAUCGUUGGUUGAAGAAGCAUUUCUCCCCGAUGAUGGCACUGGUUGUAUUGUUGGUAUUGAGGACCUGCCAGAUCAAGAAUCAGUCUGCAUUGCCACUGCAUCUGGAGAUGUUGUACUUUAUAAUCUAAGCACAAAUCAGCUGGAAUGUGUCGGCAGUGUCGACAGUGGUGUAACUGGGAUGAGCUGGAGUCCAGACCAGGAACUGGUUGUACUGAUCACAGGACAGGAAACAAUUAUAAUGAUGACCAAGGACUUUGAGCCAGUCACUGAAGUAAAAAUUCACCAGGAUGAGUUUGGUGAAGGAAAAUUCAUUACUGUUGGUUGGGGGAAAAAGGAAACCCAGUUCCAUGGAACGGAAGGGAAAGCAGCAGCUGUCCAUAAGCUAAUGGAAAUUGUGCCGGCCGUUCCUUGGGAUGAUCAUAAAUCCCGUGUGACCUGGCGAGGUGAUGGGCAAUUGUUUGCAGUUAGUGCCAUUUGUCCUUUGACAGGGUCCAGAAAGCUGAGGGUAUGGAAUAGAGAAUGUGUGCUCCAGUCAACCAGUGAACUUGUUAAUGGACUUGAACAGGCCCUGUGCUGGAAGCCAUCAGGGAGCUUGAUUGCAUCUACACAGAGAAAGCUUAACAAACACAAUAUUGUGUUCUUCGAACAGAACGGUUUGCUACAUGGCGAAUUUCCGCUUCCUUUUAACAAAGACCAAGUCAAAGUACAGGAGCUGCUCUGGAAUAAUGAAUCUACUGUUCUGGCAAUUUGGCUAGAAGAUUUGAAAUCAGCGGACGAGGGGAACAAAGAUGGCCAGCAAAAUACAUAUGUUCAGUUGUGGACUGUGGGAAACUAUCAUUGGUACCUGAAACAGAGUUUACAUUUUGGUUGUGAACGCAUUGUGGCCCUAAUGUGGGAUCCUGAGAACCCCUAUCGACUCCACAUUCUCUGCAGUGGAUGGUGUUACCUCUCCUAUAACUGGCAUUGGUCUACAGACAGAAGUGAAGGGGAUGACAGGAAUGACUUUGCCAAUGUAGCUGUGAUUAAUGGAGAUAAAGUACAUGUGACACCUUUUCGCCAGACAGUAGUUCCUCCGCCAAUGUGUGCCUAUCAAUUGCAAUUACCCUGUCCAGUUAAUCAGAUUAUAUUCUCUUCGGAUCCACAAAGGAGCAAUGAUUUAGCAGUCUUAACAGCUGAUGACCGGAUCUCAAUCUACCAGGCUGGUGAUAAUGUGAAGCAAAAUUCCACCAUUGUAGCUGACGCUGUCGGAGGAAGUGGAUUGACAAAGCACAUGACAGCUCCCAAAUUGGUCAAAACAUUCAGAAUUAAUUUUGAAGAAGAAAAAAGUGACUCACUGAAGCCUUUGAAGCUACGUUUUAUAACCUGGGUAAAGGAAAAUAGAUUUCUGGGUGUAUUUCAAGGUCUGACCACAUCCCAAUCUGUUGUCUGUCAGCUGAUAACUACAUCGGAUGAGAAUCAGGAGGGAGAACUAUCAAUCAGGACUCCCGUAACUGUUGAUAGGCAGAUUACCAACUUGUGCCACAACCAUAAGACACAGACUGUUGCCUUGGAACUCUCUAAUGGACAAAUUCUAAGAUACCUGUGGGAUACUGAGUCCACUGAGCCAUGUGUCCAACCAUGGAGGUCAGCUGAUGGAUGCUUAGUACAAUUUUCUCAGCCUUGUGUUCAGAUAGCUUUGUGUGCUAUUGAAGGAGAGGAAAUGGUAUUGGGUCUGACAGAAAGAUUUCGAUUUUUUAUUAAUGUGUCUGAGCUAGCCUCCAACGUUACUUCAUUUAUAGUGUAUGAUGAGUUCCUGCUAUUCACAACCCAUUCACACACUUGUCGCUGUCUCAAUCUUAGGACUACUUCAUUAAAAGCUUUGCUGAAUCUUUCAAGUACCGACUCCCAGCCAAAUGAUGAAACAGUACGUAGAGUGGAGAGAGGAUCUCGUAUAGUGACUGUGGUACCCCAGGAUGCCAAACUCGUUCUACAGAUGCCACGAGGAAAUCUGGAAGUUAUUCACCACAGAGCGUUAAUACUUGCCCAGCUCAGAAAAUACCUGGACAGGUUAAAGUUCAAGGAGGCCUUUGAAUGUAUGAGAAAGCUGAGAAUAAAUCUCAAUCUCAUCUAUGAUCACAAUCCAAAGGUCUUUUUAGAAAAUGUGGAGAACUUCCUGAAACAGAUCGCUUCCAUAAAUUCUAUCAACUUGUUUCUGACUGAACUAAAAGAAGAAGAUGUCACAAAAACGAUGUAUCCAUAUGGUCCAAACUCAACAACCUCUGUACCUGAAACGGCCAAUAAAGUGGACACAAUCUGUGAUGCAUUGCGAACUACCAUGGAGAGAAUAAACCCUCACAAGUAUGGUUUAUCUAUACUGACUUGCCAUGUACGAAAAACUACUCCAGAAUUGGAAACUGCUCUUCAGAAGGUCCAUGAUCUCAGAGUGAAUCCACCAAGUGACCCUGAGGCAGUCAGUGCUGAGGAGGCCCUGAAGUAUCUCCUCUUCCUAGUGGACAUUAACCAACUUUAUGACCAUGCAGUGGGUACAUAUGACUUUGAUCUAGUGAUGAUGGUAGCAGAAAAAUCACAAAAGGAUCCAAAGGAAUAUUUACCAUUUUUGAACAAAUUAAAGAAAAUGGAGACAAAUUACCAGAGAUACACCAUAGACAAAUAUUUAAAGCGUUACAAAAAGGCUGUUGAGCACCUUAGUAAAUGUGGUUGUCAACAUUUCACUGAGCUACUAAACUUGGUAAAGGACCAAAAGAUGUACAGUGAUACCUUGAAAUUAUUCCCAGCAAAGAGCCAAGAAUACAAGGAUAUCAGUGGUGCAUUUGGCGAGUACCUCAUUGAGAAGCAAUGCCAUGAACAAGCAGGGCUAAUCUUCGCACGAUGCGGGGAUUAUGAAAAGGCACUCGAUGCUUUCCUGCUGUGCUGUAGUUGGCAGCAAGCCUUUUGUAUGGCUGCUCAGCUCCACUAUACUGAGGACAAAAUUAUUAACAUGGCACGGAUUAUAUCAGGGCGGUUGAAGGAACAGCGGAGAUAUUCGGAGGCAGCCUUAAUCCUGGAGCAAUAUGCCAAGGACUAUGAAGAAGCCAUUACCUCACUUUUAGAAGGAGGUGCCUGGGACGAGUCAUUAAGACUGAUUUACAAGUACAAAAGGACUGAUAUUUUGGAAACCAACCUGAAACCUUCCAUAUUGGAAGCUCAUAGCAACCAGAUGACAUUCCUAGAUUCUCAGAAAACCUUAUUUAUCCAUCAUAAAUCCCGCCUGAAAAUUGUAUGGGAAAUGAAAGCGCAGGAAGGAUUUUUAGAUGAGGAGAUGGCUGAUGGCCCAGACUCCGAUCUGUAUUCAGAGAAGAGCAGCUUGUGGUCAGCGGGUGGAAUGAGCUCCAAACAUUCACACAGUAACUCCAGGAUAUCAGCACGUAGCUCAAAAAACCGUCGCAAGGCAGAAAGGAAAAGGUACAGCUUGAAGGAGGGGAGCCCGAUGGAAGAUGUAGCUUUGUUGCAAGCAUUGAGAGAAAUAAUCUGCACUGUGGACAAACUGACAGGUGAAGUUCACGACUUAUUGAAAGUUUUGGUCCUUUUUGGCUUUAAUGAUCUAGCUUCAGAGCUGCAACAAGUAUUAGAAGGUACCCUACAGCUAUUGGAAAAGUCAAUCACUGAUAUCUGGCUGUCCGAUGCGAAGAGAUCAACUCUCUGUCCAGUUCUUGGACCAGAUUCUACUGCGAACAGUAUUGCCGCCGCCCUCCAGCGGCCAAUAAGUGGAAUGACAGCUCACCAAGAUGAUGAAAUCUUUGUUCCACCAAAACUCAAUAAGAAAGUGAAGUGGAAGCUGAAUAUUCUAUGAAGCAAUUCCAGUCAGCUGCAUGGCCAUCUUUGGACUGUCUGUUGCUGCAUAUGUAUAAUACAGUCAGCACGAGACAAUGUGAAUACAAGGCAGGAAAGUAAAAAUGAUGGAUGCACAAAGGCGCUAUGGAUGCUUCGUCCAGCUAGAAAAUGUGACUGAUCUUUCAACUACAGAAUUAUGACAAUCGUAAAACUAACAAGACAAGUUUUCCUGCUGAUAUUGUUCAAUGUUAAGGCAGUUCAAAACGAAUGUAAUACCAAUAAUAUAAAUCAUCAAUUGAAAAUGU